GAAAGAACAUUAAAGAAAGAAAACAACCGCCCACCAAUCGAUGCUGCUAGUAGUUUCCAAGACGGAGUCGUAUUAUAAGGAGCAACUAUGCCUUAAAGAACCUUUUAGAUACCAAAAUCUCCAGCCAAAAAAAUGGCAAAAAAUGAUCUAUCAGAGCAUAAUAGAAGCAUAAUAAUAAGCAGGAGAUCUUCAGCUUCAUCAUCUUCAUCAAGCCAGCAAUCUCCAAGAAUAAAGAUCCCUGCUCCUUUUUUAUCAAAGACUUAUGAUUUGUUAGAAGAAAAUGGGGAAGGUUCAUCUUCUUCAUCAGGAGAAGAUUCUGGAGGUGUUAAUGGCAAGAAAAUUGUUUCAUGGAAUGAUGAUGGAACUGGGUUCAUAGUUUGGUCGCCGGCCGAGUUCUCCGAGCUCACCUUGCCUAGAUACUUCAAGCACAACAACUUCUCUAGCUUCAUUCGCCAGCUUAACACCUAUGGAUUCAAGAAAACAUCCUCAAAGUUGUGGGAGUUCAAGCAUGAGAAAUUCCAGAAAGGCAACAGGCAAAUGCUAGUGGAGAUCACCAGGAAGAAAUGCGAACCCAGUAUUUUUCCAGCAUAUUUAAAGGCUUCCAAUGAAGAAAAUGCAUCUGCUGCUGUGGAGGAUAAUGAUCGUUUGCUGCUGUUAGAGGAGAAUAAUAACCUUAAAAGAGAGAACUUGGAACUGCAAAUGCAAUUAACCCAAUUCAAAUCUCUAGAAAUCAAGUUGUUGGAUUUCCUUUCUCAUUACAUGGGAAGCCACCACAAUAAAAUCAGAAGGCUAUUUUAGCUUGGCUUGGAAAAAUUCUAGAAAGAAACCCUAACAAGCAUAGCUUUGCUUUUGUUUUUCUUCAUAUGCAAUUGUAUGUUUGUCUAAGUUCAAACCUUUCACUCCACUAAUUGCUUGGUAUAUAUGUCAAAUUCCUACAUCAAUGUGCAAUCAGUUCUUCUUUUCUCUUC